AUGUCGGACGGGUCGAACGAUAUAAGCUGCACCCCUAUCCCAAUUCUAGUCGACGGUCUGAUUGUCUUGAAUCCGACCUCGACAAUCACAAUACCUGCGGGUGUGCUAUUUACUCCAGAUUGCACCUCGUCGCCCAUCGUAGAUCCUAAUAGCGUUGCCGUGUCAGGGAUAUCGAACGCUCGCGAGCCGUUUCAUGCUUCGGUCAUCCCCCAGACAUACGCGACUGCUGCCGCGACGGUCAUUGCCUGGAUGCUCGUGGUGAUGCUUCUCAUCACUCCACGGACCUUUUUUGCCAAUGGGGCAACUCCAUUUACCGGGUUGUUGGGACGGCGUGGCAUGAUCAGUGGUGCAACCGGUGGCGCAUCCGUCAUCGGUGUUGGCUCUAGACCUUGGCUUCAAAAGGUUGCGGCGCUAACGGUUGCCGUGUCGCUGUCGAUCGCCACCGCGGAUACGUUCAAAGUUGCCAGCCGGCAAUACGACACGGGGUUUAUGGACGCGGCGGCGCUGCGGGACCAGGUGGUGGAUAGCACCGAAAUUAAGGUAUCCCGAGUUGUGUCGGAUAUCUUCCUCUGGCUUGCACAGGUCCAAACGCUCAUCCGACUCUUUCCUCGCCAUAAAGAGAAGGUUUUGAUCAAGUGGAUUGGGUUUGCGCUCAUUCUUUUGGACGGUACCUUUUCUUGUCUCAAUACCUUUAUGGGCAACCCUGUUGGACGGCCUCGUCGCUUCGUGGAUGCCAUUCCCGCCUUAACUUAUCUUUUCCAGCUGGCCCUUAGCAUGCUCUACGCAGCAUGGGUCAUCUACUAUUCGAUCACGAAGCGGAGAUACGCCUUCUAUCAUUCCAUGAUGUGGAAUAUCUCCGUUGUCGCCCUCCUCUCAAUUGUUGCGAUCCUUACUCCAGUCGUGUUCUUCAUCACGGAUAUCUCGGACGCCACGGUGGCCGGAUGGGGCGAUUAUUUCCGUUGGGUUGGCGCAGCAGCCGCUAGUGUCAUCGUUUGGGAAUGGGUUGAACGCAUUGAAGCGUUAGAAAGGGAAGACAAAAAAGACGGGAUUCUGGGACGAGAGGUGUUCGAUGGUGACGAGAUGUUGGACGUCACCGCUUCCGAAGAAAUAAACUGGCCGCAAAAUCGAUACGAACGAGCAGAAUCGAAGAAGAAGAAUGGAGGGAACGGUGGCUCGAGAAUGGCUUCCUCCACCGGGGCCUCUAGAAAUCGAUUUGGCCAGUGGAAUGAACUUUCUCACAGAUUUAGGAGACCUUCUUUCUGGCCGCACAUUUCACCACCCGCAAACAGUUCAUCAGAAGAUGCGACCCAAAUCACCCCACCUAAAGAAUCAUACAACCCCGCCGUUCCGGCUCGUACUCGAGUUCCUAGAACUGACCAAACAGAGACGCUGCCGCCUCAAACAUCUGCAUCGCCUGUCAGUCGCUCAGACGCGACGAGCGCUGCAAGCACAGUCUACGCAGUUCGAUACCAUACUAUCUCACCCCUGGAUCGUCACCGCCCACUAAACCCCUCAAGACCACCGGUUCACCCCUCCACAAGCCAAUCUUUCCCUGACCCUGAAGAGGGCGACCUUGAAAAGGCGCACGUUGAGCCGCAAGAGGGCGUCGAUCAGUCCCCUCACCGCCCGCAAAACCGCAGUGGGUGGCAGAUUGUUACAGAAGCGUUCAGGCGGAAACGUAACCUUCCACCUGCUGAGAUCGCAACUGGACAGGUGAUUGAUCCCAUUCAGUUGAGCAAAGAGAUUCCGGCUCCUCGGCUAGCAGUCCCAAGUCACAACUAUUCCGUCUGGGACGUAAAAGGGAGACUUGGAGCGUUUGCUGCCGAGCAGGGCGAGAAGCUACGAGACCGCAGAGACCGAAGACAAGAUAAUAUGCUCCUUCCGGUCAUGAUUAUACCGGUACAGCCAAAAGGGAGUCGCGCAUGGAGCCCGGAGACUAUUCAACCACCCCUCCCUACCACGGAAUCCGGAAAUCCAAACGGCCCGUCACCAGCUGAUGCAGUCGAACAUGGUUCUCAAACCCCUGCUAUUCCUAUCCAUCCUUCCACGCCGCCUCUACCAACUACGGACUCUUUACAUCACGAACCGCUCCCAUCCUCGGGGAAUACGAACCCAAGACAUACCCCGAAUAUCCUAAACGGCACUCCGGCGAUGCCGUCUUCACCCUCUCCCCCGAAUUCUGCCUACAACCAAGAACAGCGAUCUCUAUCCCCAAUGCACCUCACGUCUCCACACCCUUUACCAUCGACCGUCGGGUUACCACAUCCCCAGCCUUCGACACUUCAGAGCGUGGACGAAGAAGGUGAAUACGAGACGCUGAGUCGAGUGCCACAACUCCAGACAGGUGCACCAGGAGGCGGUAGAGGCGAUCGGGUGCAAGAUUCGUGA